AUGCUGACCCGUCGGUGCUUCUCGACGGCCGAGAUCGCGCUUGCGCAGCUAAUCAACCCUACGAGCAACCACAAAGCGUGGCGCCAUGCGCUCACGGCCUGGUCGUCGGACAAGUGGCGCGACGUGCUGCGCCUCGACGCGACCGUCGCCGACCACCAGCGCGCGUUCGCUACCAUCUUGCAAGACCAUGGCCCGAUGAACCACUUCUACCUCCUCAAGCAGCAUCCGGGUGUGGCACCCGAGCUCCUCGAUCUCUUUCUCGACGCAACGCGCGUGUACCCGUACGAGCAAGUCAAGUACCGCGAGAUGGACCUCAUCAAGAUCCUGCGUCAAAUGGCGCUGGCAACGAGCGAAGACGUCAUGGUUACGACCGCGAUCCGCGCGCUCCUCGACUUGGCGUCGUCGUCCUCGUCGCCGUCCGACGUGUUGCACCUCUACAAGAGCCUCGUCGCCGCGUCGUUCGAGCCCGAGAAGAUACCCGACGCAUGCUUGCAGGAUGCUGUAACGACGCUGCUCGCCCACGACCAUAUCGAUACGGCCAUCGAUCUCCUCGCCGACUGCAAGGACACGACCGAGAUGCUCGUGCCCAUCGACCUAUUGAUUCGCGUCUUCGAGUACCUCGGUCGCCACGGCUCGAUCGAACGCGCCACACGCACCGUCGACUUGGCGUUCGAAUGGAACUUGCCGGCCGAGGCCACGACGCUCGCCGCGAGCAUGCUCACCGCCUGUCUUGGGUCGGGCCAUCUCUCCCUCGCCCUCGACGUGUUUGAUGCGAUUCCGUCUGAAGUCUGGGCCGAGCCAAGCGUGUAUGCGCUCGCGUCUGCGCUUCCGAGCAGCGUCCAGUUCAAGACCGACCUCAUGGUCUUGCACGCACGGACGACCCACGCGCUCUCGCCGAGGGUCUUGGAGCGCUACCUCUUGCUGGCCCAGCAGGUCGAUGCGCCAGCGUUCCUGCGUCAGCUGCUGGACGACGCGGCCGAGCGCGGCUGGUCCAUGGACCUGCUUAUCACAUGUGCGAAGCAAACACCCCACUCGCCCGACUACGAGCAGCUGGCCGCGACGUUGCUUUUGCACCAGCUGGAGACACGUCCGUCCGCACGCGUCGAGAUUUUGGCCACGUUCAAGGCACACGUGUGGAGCAAGACGUGGCUCCGCAUCGCGAACCUCAUGCUCGCGCAGCAGGUGCGGGAUGCGCCGUCGCGGGCCGUCGCCUUGUACACAUCGCUCUUUGCGUCGUCGGGCGACGACAACAUGCACGUGCGCAGCUCGUUGCACCCGCUGCUCCUUAACCUCGCCAACCACGGUCAUAUCGACGAGGUCCUCGCACUCCUCACGUUUGCCAAGGCCAUGGCCAUCAAGCCCCGCGCCGAUGACCUCGCGACCGUCGCCGCCGGUCUGGCCAAGCACCCGCUCGCGGCCUUGCACGCGCGGCCUCUUCUUGCGACGUACAUUGAUCUGCUCACGUCGAUGCGCAUCCCGACGACACUUCGCGUGUGGCGCCACAUGAUCCUGCUCGCCAAUGCGACGCACGACCCGACCUCGGCGUUUGCAGUGUACGCGGUCAUGCAAGACAAGCGCAUCAAGAUGUCGGAAGCGAUCGCACUCGAGCUUCUCCGCGCGGCACGCAAGGACUUUGGUCGCUUCACGCGGCUCUAUGCCGACGCGAUGGCAGCCAACGCAGGCUCCACGCGCCUCUUUGGUUUCGUGCUCAAGACCGCUUGCUACGAGCAAGACCCGGCGUUCCUUCGGCGGGUCCUCAGCGACAUUGCGGCCAGCGCCUUCUCGUCGCGCGCCGCACCAACGGCGUCGCAUGCACUGCCGGUCGUCUAGCCGGCCUGCGUCGGGCGUGUAGGAAAGGAAGUGUGGUCUUGUUAAUAGGUAGUACAGCAUACAUUACGAGGCGGUCGUCGCUCGCCGG